UCCGGCCCAGGCCCACCCCUCUCCUCAGCUGGGCCGUUGAGGGGCGGGGAAGUGGCGGGAAAAGCUGUGGUGAGGGGGGCGGGGCGCUGGGAGCCCCGAUCCAGCCCCAUCUCUGGGAGUUUUGAAGAACUUGGCUGAGGUCAGACAAGGUUACAUUUUCAAAUCCAGGUAACCAGUGUUACGAUGUCUAAUCAGGAAUGUGAAAGUCCAGAGCUAGAAGAGGAGCAGGCUAAACCGAACAGCCCAUUCUUUGAUGAUAUAGAAAGACGUGAAUUACACAGUGAGAGUCUGUCCAGGAAGGAAUCGCCCAGCACAUCUCUGCUCUGCCCCACUGCAGAUGCGCCUGUAGCAGCAUUGGACGGCAAGUCAUCCAAUUAUUUCGCAGCCCUGGAUUCAAACAUUGAAAAUCUGCAGAGAAGAACGCAGCAGCUGAUCGAGGAGAUCAACGAGAACCGGAAGAAAGACCACACUGUCAUGAGCAAUUUCAGGGACAGCCUCAUGCUGAAGGUUUCGAGUUUGGCGGAGAAGCUGGAGGAAAGCAUGUUUCUCAUUUACGAUCGCCAUAACAAGCAAAUGCAGGAUAAGCUCCAAGAGCUCUCGGAGAUAAUGGAGAGGAUCAACCAGAUCCAAACGGAGCUCAGACAAGUCUGCCACACUGUGGAGGCAGCUUAUAAAGACUUGUGCGUGCAGCCGGAGGUGUGA